UAACAAAAAGAUGGAGUAGAAUUACUGUGAAUGGUACAUCACCAAUUGGUCGAUAUGGACAUUCUGUGGCUGUUAUCGGAUCAAAAAUGUAUAUAUUUGGUGGUCGAUUCGAAGGAUAUUAUUUAAAUGAUUUGUUGGCAUUUGAUGUGAACACGUAUAUGGCAAACGGUGCUGGUUGGGAAUUUAUUACUCCAGCAAGUCAAUCUCCUCCAGGAAGAAUGGCUCAUAUAUCAUGCGUGUAUAAUGAUAAGAUUUAUAUGUUUGGUGGAAAUGAUGCGCAUAGAUGUUUUAAUGAUAUGUGGUGUUUUGAUCCACGUACUAAUACAUGGACAGAAUUGUCCUGCAUUGGUUUCAUUCCAUCGGCUCGGAAGUUUCAUGGUGCUGCCAUUGUGGAUGAUGUCAUAUAUGUAUUUGGCGGUAUGACGCAAGAUGGAAAAGAAUUAGGAGAUUUGACUGCAUUUAGGAUAAGUAAUCAAAGAUGGUAUAUGUUUCAAAAAAUGGGUCCUUCGCCAAAUUCGAGAUAUCAUCUCACAAUGACCACUGCGAAAGAGAAAAUUAUAGUUUUCGGUGGUGAAUCCACGCAAGGAGCAAGGCCUGAUGAAGAUGGCAUAAUUCACAUAUUGGAUACAUGCUUUCCAUUACCUCCAAUGACGGAACAUAAUCGAUCAACCCCUUCACCAACGACAAUUCCAAUGUCAGUGAGUCCUCGUGGCCCUAGUACUUCUCCAAAUCGUACUGGAAAUUCUUCUCCACGUGUAGGCGGUCCUAACACACAAGCCGAUAAUGAUAUGAAUGGCAGAGUAUCUACUCCAGAACAAGUAAUGCAUAUGGAUCGAAUGAACAGGUCUAAUUCUCCUCAGUCACGUAACAUGGAUAACCAUCGAAAACAAUCUCCAUCACCUGCUGGUGGUGUUCGACAAAUUCAACAUAAGCAGAGUAUGGAAAGGUUACCGAUGAGUUCAUCUCCUACUGGUCCUCCACAACAAUCUUCACAAUACGCCGAAAAUCUUAAUAAUUAUAAUGUGCAACUAGAUAAUAAAUCAAAUUUACAUGUAUAUCAAAAUAAUGGAUAUCGCCACGGUGAUUUUACUAAUCCUC